AUGUUUCAAUAUUCAUCAAGUCAUUCUUCCGUUUCCAAUACGGUUAAAUGGCUAGCAUAUGGUCCUGACAUGCCAGUGAGAUCCUACCAAGGAUAUGAUGUUAAUGGGUAUACUUUCUAUACACAAAGUCAAGAUCACAAAAGCACUGUGCAGAAUAGUGGAGUAUGUGUGGAAGCUUCUUCUACGGAAUUUGAUAGAGGCAAUUCCAUGACAUCACGAGAUAUAAAGAAGUCAUACUAUGGGGUAAUUGAAGAAAUUUGGGAGCUUGAUUACAGAGAUUUCAAGGUUGCUCUCUUUAAAUGUAAAUGGUUCGAUAUAAAGCGUGGUGUACGGGUGGAUGACUCGGGUUUCACUUUAGUAGACUUUGUUCGGUUUGGCCAUGAGGAUGACCCGUUCAUAUUCGCUACACAGGUUAACCAAGUUUUCUAUGUUCGAGACCCUGCUGAUGCUAAGUGGUCCAUUGUUCUUCAAAGUAAGCGACGCAUUGUUGGAAUUGAUAAUGUUGAAGACGAGGAGGAGUAUAAUCAAUUUGACGAUAAUCCCCCUUUCUCCAUUGGUAUACAAACGAGCACAAUAAGGGAAGAUAACGUAGAUAUAAAUUAUGCGCGCAGUGACCAUGAUGAAGGGGUAACAGCCAUGGAUGAAGACAAUGCAACAUCAGGUUCUGGUUCAGUAAGCAGCAAAAAGACCAGGGGUCCUACGGUCUGUAAAAAACUGAAAAAAAGAAUUGAAAAACAGAAAUUGGAGUGUAAUAUUAAUUUUGAUGAAUUUGGUCAGCCAUGUGGGGACAUGCUUAAAGAUUUCACCAUUUAUUUGGGAUCAGUUGUCCGUUUUCAAGUUGAUAUAAAUUUGGAGAGCUGGGAUGCAGUAAAUCAAGGCUUAAAAGAUAUAAUUUGGGAUGAUAUUAAGAAUCGUUGGAAUCUCGAUGAUUCACGAAAAAAGGUCGUGUUGGAAAAGGCAGCAAAGCAGUGGCGGGAUUUCAAGGGUAAAUUGACAAGGAACUUUCUACGAACCGGAAAGGAUCCAUGUGAAGUCUAUCACUUCAUCAGCCAAGAGCAAUGGGAAAUAUACAAAAAGAAACGCGAAAGUGACGAAUAUAAGGAAAUAAGUGAGAAGGCAAAAGUAAGUCAGAAACAUAAUGAGCAUGUGCAUUAUCUUGGGCCGAGUGGAUAUCAAGCAAAAAGGACUAAGUGGAGCAUUGAGGAUCCUAUAGCUAGUCUAGAAAAUUCAGAAUCUCUUGACCCGUCCAUUUUAUCGAGUGAUCGUAGUAGUCGGAGUUAUGACUGGGUUAGAGCACGUACAAAAAAGAAUGAGGAUGGCAGUUAUUACAUCCCAAAUAGUCAGACAAAAGAAGUCUUUGAGAAAAUGGGAGAGUUGCAGAAGCAAGUUACAGACGGAAGUUGGACGCCACAGGGACAUGAUGAUAUUUUAUCUCGGGCACUUGGACGUAAGGAGCACGGAGGACGUGUUAGAGGUGUUGGGGGAGGAGCAAAAAUAAAAGAUGUCUUUGGAGCGGGAAAAAGCAAACAUAGUGGGGCCAUUUCAGUGGCUGAAUUGGCCACAAUCACACAAGAAAUCACAAAGAAAGUUCAGAAGGAGUGUGAUGAAAAGCUUGAUAUGAUGAACACGAAACUUCAGGGUAUCUUUCAUCAUUUAAAACAGAUGGGUCUGUCACUCCCGGAGGAUAAUUUUAUGGAUGAUGUCGGAACCCCAAAAGAUGGAAUUAUUCGAAGCAGCUGCCAAUCAGUGGGAGGUACUGAUCACAUAUCAGAGCUGAAGACACCAACACUUUGUCGGCUUUGCGUGAUAGAUACGGUUAAAGGAAGAGUUAUUGUGGCUAGGGGCACUGUAUUCCCAUCAAAUAGUGAAGGGGGUAACAUGAUUCAUAAUAAUCCAGUUACUGCUCAAAAUGUUAGAGUAUCGGUUGAUAAUGUUGUACCAGAAUUUCAACUGACUCCCCUUCCAGUGCCUUGUUCAGAACAUGAAACAGUAGGAAAUGCUGAGGGUAGUUUUGUGCAAUGGCCUAAGGAGCUCGUGAUCUUAGGACAGGAUCCCGUUUCGUUGGAGAAGAAAAAAGGUCAUGAAAAAAGCCCAGAAAAUGCUGUCACAAGGCCUGAGAGUAAAGGUUCAGCGACUCAAGUGAAGAAAGGCUUGAGUGAUGAAAAUUCAACUCAGAAUUGUCGAUCUUUACGCUACUUGCUUGAGCAACCUAGUUCAAAAGGUGCAACCUUUACUUUUGAAGAUGGAACAGUUCCCACAUAUGUGACAUACGAAGAUGUUGAUCAAUUUCUGAAAAAGAGUUGGUUAAAUAUACCCAUCUUGGAAAUAUAUUCGAAGUAUAUUGCGAAAUUGUGCAACGAGCUGAAUGAUGAUAAAUUUGCAUUUAUGUCACCAUCUAGACUGGUGAUAAAUCACAAGCGUGAAUAUAAACGUAUUGAGGAAAUCACUGAGUAUAUGACAGAGUUUUUAGUUACGAACAAAGAUAAGCGUUUUAUCUUUGCACCAUACAUCCAAGAUGAUCAUUGGAUGUUGCUUCUAUUCUGUUUGGAUGAAAGUGUCAUUUACGUGUUUGAUUCAUUGAGAAGGGAGCGGGAUAUCCGGUUGACAACACCUGCACGAACGGCAUAUAAACUGUAUGUAGCACAAGGAGGCAGGAAGAAUAACCGAAAAGAAUUUCUUUGGUGUCAUGCAGAUGUUCAGUGUCCUCAACAAGAAGGAGGUACAGAGUGCGGUUUUUAUGUUAUGAGGUACAUGCAUGAAAUACUCCUGCUUUCUCAAAAAAAUCCUAAUACCAACUGGAAAGAGGGCCUUGGUUCAAGAAAGUAUUUAAAGAAGGAACUCAAUGAGGUUCGAGAACUGUGGGCUGAGUUUUUUACAGUUGAAUGUCUAUAAUCAGAUAGUUGACGAACUUUAAUGGCCGGUACAAGUUUUUUAAUGGUAAAGACGAGAGGGAAGAUUGAGGCUGCAGCUGACUUAUUACUACUUUUCAUAAUUUUUAGUGUUGACUUGUAAUUUGACAAGAAGAAUUAUGGAUUGUAAUACAUUUAUAUUUAAUUAAUUAAUGUCUAGUGUUUUCCAUUUAAGUUUGUGUAA